AUGAGGAGACCUGCUGGAAAGCACACUGUGAGUGCAGCGUUUGAUGCAAAGAUUGCAGCGCUAAUUUCUCGUUUACUGGAGGAAAAGACACUGGACUCGAAGCGGAAAGGUCUGGAAGGAGAUGACACUGUAUUUUGGGCUAGAGAUAUGUCCGUACAGGAAAUACUUGUGUUUGCCCAAGCUAAAGAUCUGUCUUUACAGAGAGUUAAGAGAGUAGUACUGGAAAAAACUAUUGAUAGGGUAUUGAAGGAAAUGAUAGAAGAGGAAGCAGAAGAAGUCAGCGCCGAUGAAGACGAGAUCAGCGAGUUUGAUACUGAUGCCACACCGGUUGCGACGGCCCUGAAUGAUGAGAGGGCAAAUAACGACAUGAAUAAGGACAUUGUAAGCUCUUGGAAGCAGUCAGAACCAGAAUCUGACAGGACGCCGAGCAAGAGCAAGCGAGCUUCACAGCAGCACCAUAGCACCAAGUCGAAGAGACGGAAGAAGGAUAGAACUCCACCUGAAACCAAUUUACAAUCACUGGGCGGUAUGGAUGAUGUUGUAGCACAGCUAAUGGAACUUAUUGGCUUGCCAAUUUUGCACCCUGAGAUAUUCGAAACUACGGGAAUUGAUCCUCCCCGCGGUGUUCUAUUACAUGGCCCACCCGGCUGUGGUAAGACUUCGAUAGCCAAUGCCCUUGCAGGUGAAUUAAAGGUUCCUUUCAUCUCCGUCUCAGCACCAUCGGUGGUAAGCGGCAUGUCUGGGGAAAGUGAAAAGAAGAUUAGAGAUUUAUUCGAGGAGGCCCAACAAAUUGCACCAUGUCUAAUAUUUUUUGACGAAAUCGACGCCAUCACACCUAAAAGAGAUGGCGGUGCUCAGCGAGAGAUGGAAAAACGUAUUGUAGCUCAAUUGCUAACAUCGAUGGAUGAGCUGACUUUACAGAAAACAGGCGGUAAACCAGUUAUUGUCAUCGGCGCUACAAACAGACCCGAUUCAUUGGAUGCCGCUUUGAGAAGAGCAGGUAGGUUUGAUAGGGAAAUAUGCUUGAAUGUACCGAAUGAGGUCUCCAGACUACAUAUUCUAAAAAAGCUUUCUUCGACCUUGAAGCUUGAUGGUGAGAUUGAUUUCUUACAAUUGGCAAAAUUAACACCUGGGUUUGUUGGUGCAGACUUGAAAGCAUUGAUUACUGCGGCGGGAACCUGCGCUAUCAAACGUAUAUUUGAACACUCAGUGGUAAGCGACACGAUGGAGGUAGAUCGAGACACAGAAUUGAAGAAUACAGCUAACAUGAUAAAUCCACUACCUCUCUCCGUUAUCCAGAGAUUUAUUCAAAAUUACCCAGAGCCCUUGAAUGAUACUGAGCUACAAACGCUCUCAAUAAAAUACGAGGAUUUUCUUAAAGCCCUUCCAACAAUACAGCCCACUGCGAAACGAGAGGGCUUUGCUACAGUUCCAGAUGUCACAUGGAACAAUAUAGGAGCUCUUUCAAACGUCAGGUUGGAAUUGAAUAUGGCUAUUGUCCAGCCAAUCAAGAGACCUGAACUCUAUGAAAAAGUGGGUAUAAAUGCACCUGCUGGUGUACUUCUAUGGGGGCCACCAGGUUGUGGUAAGACUUUAUUGGCCAAGGCCGUUGCCAACGAGUCUAGGGCUAACUUUAUUUCGAUAAAGGGACCAGAAUUGCUGAACAAAUAUGUUGGUGAGUCUGAGAGAGCAAUCAGGCAGGUAUUUACGAGAGCAAGGGCCUCAAUCCCAUGUGUCAUCUUUUUCGAUGAAUUGGAUGCGCUCGUACCAAGAAGAGACACUUCCUUAUCCGAGUCUUCCUCCAGGGUGGUCAACACAUUAUUGACAGAACUGGACGGAUUAAAUGAUCGUCGCGGUAUUUUUGUAAUUGGGGCAACUAACAGACCAGACAUGAUUGACCCUGCAAUGCUGAGACCUGGCAGAUUAGACAAAACCAUCUUCAUUGAGCUCCCAACAAAAGAGGAAAAACUGGAUAUUUUGCAGACCCUUUUAAGGUCAAAUGGUACUCCUGUGGCUCAUGACAUCGAUUUCGCAGAGAUAAUCAAUGACUUUCGCUGUCAGAACUUUUCUGGUGCUGAUUUGGCGGCGCUCGUUAGAGAAAGUUCUGUUUCCGCGUUAAAAAGAAGCUUUUUCAAAACCGACGAACUCCAGUCUGUUGUUGACAAUAAUUUAGAUAAAGAGUUCGAAGAUUUGAGCGUUGGCGUAUCUGAUGAACAUAUUAUAGUCACUAUGAAAGACUUCCAAAGAGCUUUACAGAAAAUUAAACCAUCUGUGAGUGAUAAAGAUAGAAUAAAAUAUGACAAGUUGAAUAAGAAACUGGGAUGGAAUGACCAAGUCGAAUUAAAGAGCGAUGAGUGA